AUGGCCGAUGACGAGGCUUCGCCCUACGGCACCUACAAGUUCGUGGCUCGGGUGGAUCACAUCAAGAUCUUCAAUCAGGCCAUCAAGUCCAUCUGCUUUAAUGAUUACGGCAUGCUACAGGUGUCAGAGGACGGACUUCGCAUCACUGUGGAACAGGGCAAGUCCAUUCAAGCCACUCUGUUUAUACCGCCUGCUGCCUUCAAAGAGUUCUAUGUGCAGGACUUCCAGAGCUUUGGCCUAAAGAUGAACGUGCUGUCCGAGUGCCUGAACCUCUUCGGAUCCGCCGAUUGCAGUCUGCGGAUGAUGUACAGGGAUCAGGGCGACCCGCUGAGAAUCAUUCUAUACCCCUACGAUGAUGAGGAUGUGAGCACCGAGUGCGCCAUUAAAACGAUGGACAGCGAGGAGCCCAUUGACUAUGACAAGAGCCUGGCAGAGCCGGAUCUGAAUGUAAUCUUCGUACGCGGACCGAACCUGUCCAAGGUGUUCCAUGAACUGGAGAAGUCGGCGGAGGAAUUCGAGUUCAUCACCUCGCCCGAUCGGCCGCACUUCAAAAUCACCACCGUGGGCAUCAUGCAGGCGGUGUUCAGCGUGGAGGUGGCCAAGACCAGUCCCAUGAUGAUGAUGUUCAACUGCAAGCAGACGGUGGUCGCUCGCUACAAGAGCCAGCAGAUCCGUGUGGCCAACAAGGCCAUGCAGUCGGCCACCAAGGUGGCCAUCAAAACCAACUCCAUUGGCCUGCUGGAACUGCAUCUGGUGAUGCAGGGCGAGGGCCACGAGGAGAUCUUCGUCCAGUUCUUCAUUAUUCCCCUGCUAAAUACUGAUUAGACCUGAUUUGUAAACAGGUGUAGUUAACUAAGUAUAGAUCUAAAAUCUUGUUAGGACCAUUAAAGGCUAUUAAUUUUCUAAA